AUGUCCGACAUCGAAGACUUCCUCGACGACGUCUUCGACCCCGACUACGUCUAUGUAGAAGAGUCAUACGACGUCGUGGACGACCUUGCCGAGCGCGCCGUUGCGUCGCCCGUUCCGCCAGAAAACGACGAAGAUCUGCUCAACUACGAUCCAUUCGACUACUGGGAGGACAUCGAGUACAACGACGAUGGCUUCAACGAUGCGGGACCGAGGCGCAGCCGGGAGCGCGUAGAACCAGAUGCGGAGAGGGCAGGCCAGAAGAGGAAGAAGGCGUUCACUCUGACCUCGCCUGAGAAGCGACUGAAAGCGGCCUCAGGCGAGGCGCGCCCGGUCAGCGGAGCCGAGUCUCCCACACCCACGGUAGCUUGGAAGACACACUGCGAAGAAGGACGUCCACCCACUGUCGAGAAUUUCGAUCGAUCUUUCGCGCUUCUUAAGGAUUGGAGGGAGCGCUAUGCCAAUUCUCCCGGGUUCAAGACCGCGAAGAGCCCAAAUAAUCCUCCUCGCGAGGAUGUAGCCAGCAACGACCUUCUCUCCCCACCCUCCGACUCCGAGGACGAAGAAGUUGAAAUGGACAUGGACGUGCUCAAAGCGGCCCUCCGCACCAACCUAGCCAGACUGGGCGCCGCACCAGAGGACAUUGACGAAACCACUCUACUCGAGUUCGCCACUCGUUUGAUGCAGAAUCAAGAUGCCGCAGACGACAUCGUUGGCGAACUGGCGGACAACAUUCUCGGCGCUGGCGAGGACGAUGACUCCGAGGACGCAGUCAUCCCGGACUGGCUCGCGCAGCAGCUGAAGCCGAAGGACGCGGACGACGAUGAAAUGAACCGCCAGGGCACCCCAGAGAAAGAGCAUAGACUGCCGACCCCCUCUUCCAGCCAGAGCACCAGGAGCACAAAGUCGAUCAUGUUCGCAGAAGCCACUCCUCCCGCUACUCGAAAGGACGUCCCAAGCUUGCCUACCGAGGAGACCAUACCCGCGCCCAGGGACGAGCCCCAGGCGGCGCAUUCACUUGAAUCGUCUAAACUCGAUAGGGCUGAGGCGCUCAAGGACGCGUUGGGCAACGCUCAAGCUAAUAAAACUUCACCCAAGAAGCGCAAGGCGGACGGAGCGGACGAGCCGACCACUCAUAUCCCUAGGCCAAAGCGACGCGCUCCGUCUUAUGCAGCGCCGACCGCGACUAGCAAGGCGAAGACCUCGAAUUCUGCGCCGAAGGCCUCGCAAGGCCGGAAAGCCAAACGUGGCUAA